GUUCGAUUUUGUUUUUGUCAUGUCAAUCUGUCAAAAAUUUUCGUAGGUCAGUGCUGCGGUCCCAAAGGAAAACCAAAAGAGUACCUGCUCUUAAUAAUCUUGGACUCGUUCCAAAACGCAGUUUGUUUACUUCACCCGGCUUAAUAUGCUUUAAUUCAUGUCAUUCCCUUUGUUCGUUUCGUAUUCGUUGGUGUACAUUCUACCAUUGACGUGAAAAACUUUUCCGAUUCAUUAAAAUUAUCAAGGUGGUUUUUUAAGUGUAAAAUGGGUUCGCUGCAGGCGGAGAACGAAAGCAACCAGGAAUUAGACGACAGCGGAUACGGACAAGAAGAUUCGAUAUCAAUGAAGAAGCCACCGUCCAGUGAGAAUGGGGGGUACGCGGGAUCAGCGGAACUCCUGGACCUGUCCGACGACGUUCUGCUCUGCAUCCUGAAGUACUGCACACCAAGAGACCUGAAGGCGUUGGGAUACACCUGUCCUCGUUUGGGAGCCCUUGUCGUGGACCGAACGCUCUGGGAGAGCGUCGAUGCUCGCGAAAGCCCGUCUGGCCCGAAGCGUCUCCGUUGGCUGCUCACACACGGCCUCUCGUCCACCACCUCUGAGCUCAUGCUGUGCGGCUACGCGAGGGAGGCAGCCGGAUGCCUUGGUCACAUGAACUGCAAGCACAAGGAGGAAGAACCCACCGAUCUCACGAUUAACAGCUUGUACGCUGGUGUUUUAGGAAACCCUGAACAAUCCUCGAACGGAGAUCUGAAUCAAGCAGUCAGGGGGACGAUCUUCUCAAGCGGCCCUGUAGCUCAGAUCUACGAUUCGAUACCAAGGGGUGUCUGCUACAACGCGCUCCCGGAAGCCGUGGGUAAGCAGCUGUCCGGUGACUGGGCCCCGCCGGAUGACACCUGCCCUGGUCCCCAGUUCACGUUGACCCAGAAUCUCUUGACCAGCUUGGAACAACAGUGCCCUAAUUUGACGACAUUAGCUCUAGACUACUGCAACAUAGAUUGUUCCAUGCGAGCCAUCUGUCACUUCCCGCGGAGGUUGAAGGUGCUCUCGUUGCGCGGGUCCAAAUGCUACAACCAGCCCCUGGACAAGUCGUUUCUGUUCAAAAUCCAGGAUUACCUGAAGGAGCUCGAGGAGCUGGACGUGUCCGAGUGCGAGUGGGUGGAGCCGUCGUGUCUGCUGCCGCUCAGCAAGCUGUCCCGACUCCAGCUGCUCAGGAUGAGGCGCUGCAUGAGGAUGAGCGAGUGUGUCGCGUACUCGUCCCUCGCCACCAGAUACGGGUUCAAAACUCUCAAGGUGAUUGACCUGCGCGAGUCCCCCGUGGGCGACAGCGAGGUGUCUUCUUUCGGCUGGGUGGGCUCGCUGGAGGAGCUGUACGUGUCGCCGGCGAUGGAGGCGCCCGCUGUGCACAAGCAUGCCCAUUAUAUCGGCGACAACAUACCGGAGCACGUCGAGCUCGACGACUGGGAGAUGGAGGAGCCGGACUAUUUCAAGGUGAGAAGCUCGAAGGUCGAUGACCCGGCCCCCGCCGACUCUAAGACGGUCACGAAGAAACACAAACUCGACGAGGGACAAACCGACAGAAACGUCACAGACGACUUCGUUCCCGCCCAGAAGCGGAUCCGUCUCGACGAUAUACCGCGCGUGUGCUCCUGCAAAUCGGUCAUUGGAAACACGCCUUCGUCCGUAUACGCCAUGAUCAGGGGGGACAGUCGUAACCGAAACGACAGGUACGACGAUGUCGUCAAGCAAGACUUGAUCGAAGACGAAAUACACAGGCAGAAUCUUUUGAAGCUGCAGAAGGAGAAGGAGAAGGCGAGCGAGGAUAAAGCGGCCGGGAGUUCGGGCGAUGGCGACGCUAAGCCAGAGAACGGAGGCGGCGAACAAAAUGACGUGAAAAUGGAUGAGCCGCGACCUGAGGCCGUCAACCAAGGCGCCAGCACGUCCAAAGACGACCCGCAGCCUUCGACGUCUAACAAGACUGAUCAGAAAAACGGCGAGAAAACUGAAAAUAAAGAACCGAAACAGAAUAUACUGUAUGUUAACGUAGGAAGACGCCUCCACGCCAUGUACAGGCUCGCAAUACCGGUUUAUAAAGUCGGGGAAUCGGGCGAUUCCCAACCGGCCGCUCCGAGUCGCAGGCUGGAUGUGAGUUCGGCCUACCAGAUGACAAGGUUCGACCCGACGACUCUCGUCUCGGACACGACGGUCCACAGAUUCGGUCGCGCGGACAGCGAUAACAUAAACUACAUAAAUAUCGGCCCGAACGGCCAACACGAUCAGCCGGCCACGCGACCGGACAGGUCCAAUCUCAGGAUCUUGUCACUGACCGGAUUCAGGAAUAUAACUAAUCGGAGUCUGGUCCAUCUGGCCACGGCGGCUCCACGUUUGAGGUUCAUCGAUUUCUCGGGUACGCGGGUCACGCAGAGAGGCGUGGACACGUUCAGAAGCUUGCGUCCGGAUUGCGAGAUCAUUUACAGCCAGUACAUCGACAGGAAUGCGUCGGAAGGGGACAUGGCUAUGUUUCGGCGCAUCUAAUGUUCAAAUAAAUUCUGUAUUUCGGAUUCCGUUUCUAAUGAAGUCUUUUGCACCGUCGCAUUUUAAGUGUCACAAAUAAUUGUCUAGCUAUGUCGAAGAUGUAGCUGGUGGAAUGCUUAGACGAAAUCAAUGGUCGCUAUAUGAAAAUUAAUGCACAAAAUUAUUGAUACAUAAAUCGUAGAUUAACCAUUAUUUGCUAAUUCUUGGAGACACGGCAGCGAAUCAUGAGUUUUUUGUAAUUAAAAUGCGGUAGUGUAAUAAGUUUUGGUUUUAUAUAAUAAUUUCUUUAUAAUUAUAUGUAUUUUGAGGUAUACAGUAUAAAUGAUCUCAGAAGUUAUUUAUGAAUCGUUUCGUGGUAUUCUUAAUUUGGUAUCAUUGUACGUGGCGUCGGGGAUUGAUGUCAGAUUCGAACCCCUCAGCGCUAUAUCUCUAGCCUAUUUUGUAUCUGAAUUUUGUCCUAUCCAAUUAUUGAUUUAAGGACGUACCCAAGAAAAUUAUGAAUCGUGUCAGUGGAAGAUAAUCGAUAUUUAUAGUGUUCCAUUUAAUUCCAUGUGUCAGUGCUGAAACGAUUAUAUUUUAUACAAAUGCUAUUGCCUAUCAUCAAUGUUGCCAAUUUUUGUUUUAUAUUUUUUUAUAAAACAGUGGUUAAGAUGUUAAUAUUGGUUCUGAAACUUAUUGUUUCUCCUACCUACGCCGAAAGUUUAGUUUUCCUCCCGCUGUACAGGGAAGAAAGUCUAACUUUUUCUCCCUGGGUACUGACAAGUGUGCAUGCGCAUUAGUGUCUAGACCUAAAAUUCUCCGUCAUUGUUGUGAUCGGGUAAUUUGCAAUAUUGUGUUUAGUGUAAAAGUGAAAUAAACAAAAGGCAAUAAAAAUUUUUACGAGUAUGCCCCCCCCCCUAGCCCCUACCAGGGCUUCGCCUCGGGACCCCGGCUCGGUACUUCACGAACUUUCGGCCUGGUAGGAGAAAAAAUUGUACGUGCACCGCGGGAAAAAAGUAGGACAUCUCAUCCCGCGUGUUUUCCCGCGGCAAUUUUACACGCAGGAGAAAAUUGUACUAUUAUACAAACUACUACCGGAUUGGGAAAGUACUAAAUUAAAAUCUAUACUAUCUUUACAGAGCUGUAACAGUGAAAGUAUUUUUUUUUAUGUUUCAGCGCUACCAAUGUUUUCAAUCUAUCAAUAUUUCUCGGUUACAUUUUACAAAUUUUAGAUCUGAGUGUUGCUUAGUUUAAUCUUGGUAUUACAAAAUAAAAGUCUCAAAUGAUCACGACGGCUCAUUUUGUUAAUGUUUGAUUAAUUUUUUUAGAGUCAUCUUGACUUCAUUGCUUUUUUUUUUCUUAGAAUUCGAUCACAAGCGCAUGAAUGACAUCUUCGUUAUAAUAUGCGUUCGCUUGUUUGCGCAAAACACAGGCACAGUCACUGAACCAACUAAAGACAUUAGCUACUGCGAGUGUAACAUUAUUUAAUUAAUCAACAGGUAUAUUUGGGACAAUAUUUCUCAACUAUGAAAAUGUAUAGAGUAAAAAAUAAUAAAAAAUUAUGUGUCUCGGAACGACCGACAGAAGUAAUAACUUAAAGUAAUCUAUGUUGAACUAUUUAAUAUUGAAAUCGUUUAACUUGAGAAAAGCUUAGGUUAUUACUUAAAUUUUAUGUAUAUUAAUAUGAUAAUGCAAGGAUAAUUGUAACAUAAAUUGAAAAAGAUAUAUAAAUAGUUAGAAUUUACAUACGUUAUCAGUACCGCUGCCGUGUGCGUGAGAGAAAGAGAAGCUAGACAGACUGGCGCUGUAACGCGCUACGUAACGAAGCGAUCUACCCUCUCAUAAGAUGUUAUUACUUACAAAAAUAUAUACAAGACUUACAGAGUAACAAAAAUAAAUAAAAAAUAAAAAUACAAGACUAUUUUCGAUUAUGUCCAAACGCACAAGUUGAAUGCACAAAAUUUUCGACAUUCGAAAAUUCCCGCCUAAAAACUUUCGUCCGAAUUUGACAGAAUCGAAUUUUGACGGCUGUCCUUUGGAACCUCGUGUUCUGACAUAGACCUAUAUAGUAGGGACACGACAUAUUGUUCUAUACGUACAAUUGCUUAUAUAAAUAGCACCCAUUUUGAAGGCACACACAUAAACAUAUAUCUAUCUCGUUCUUACUCAGCACUCUAACUCGCAGGAAAACAAUAUAACAGUAUUUCAGUGCGUACAUAAAAUGAAAUAUGAAUAUACGUAAAUGUCUCCGUCUCCGUCUAAUGAGGCCGAAAAUCCGCCAUGUUUAGCGCGCCAAAUGUCAUUGUCACGUCAGUUCGGCCGUCUGUUUUGGGUUGUACAUUAUUUAUUGACUUUGAUAUCGAUUUAAUAUGAUUGCUUAUAUAAAAUUUCUUAUUUUAUCAUGCUUAAAACAUAAAAAAUAAUAAUUAAAACGUAUUUUAUAGGAUCUCAAGAAAGUCGAUGUCCUAAAACUAUUAUCUAUAUGUAUUUAAAUUCAUUAUGGAGCCCUCAUCCGAAAAAUCCAUUUUUCGGUCGGAAUCUAUUGAUCAUGACACUAAUCAUAAAUACCACUUUAAAAUAUGUCAUCAAAACAUAUUUAGACAUUCUGUUUAGAUAUUUCGGGAAAAAGGCUACCGACAAAAUCUCUUCGGAACUAUUUAAAUAAAAUAGUUUUAUUCCGCAGUGAGUAAAACACUAUUGUAAAUUUGUUAAAUAUUUAAUAAUUAAGUGAUUUUAGAGAGGAAGUCACAAGGAAUGACGUUUGUAAUUAAUGAAUAAAUGUUCUGUAGGUGUUUUUUUCUUCACGCGGUCCCUUGAUAAGUUUAAAAUUUGAAUCACUCUCAAGCGAAAGUGAUUCAAAUGGUGCGGCGCACCUUCCUUGGGGUGCGCUGCGGUAGUAUGUUACGGACUUUAGAGUCAGCAAAACAAUUAAAAUAGAUUGUAAUAGUCUAAGAAAAACACGUACUCAAAAUACGAUAACAUUUAGCAUGCUAGAAAUGGGCUGAUGGCUUUGAACUACGCCAUAUCUUUAUGUUUUGCGACAAACGACAACUUUAUAAAAUCAGUGUAGCAACUUUUAAAAAUCAUCAUAUCGUUUACUUGGCAAAUUCGAAGGACGAACUUGUCUUAGAUUUCACCCAUCUAAAUCAUAUCAUAUUUGCACAUAACAAUAUACCUACUUACUUCCCAUUAAAGUAUAAAUUCUACAAAUAAAUAAUACUCAACAAUAUUUAAAAUAAAAUGAGCCAAGAACGUUUAUCGAUAAAACCUGAUAACAUUGAAAUCUUUUGUACAGCACUAAAGCCGCCAUGUUUUGUGGCCAGAUGACGUCACAGUGGCACGAAAUUUUGGUUGACGUUUCAUUUCCAUAGGUUUCCUACUUCAUUGUGUUCUGACGGACGUCAUUCUGACAGCUGUCAUUUGAGUUGAUUUUUUUUCCAGAACACUUCGUCGUAUGAAAUUUGUUUAUUAUUAAUGUGAUAUUUUUUGUAUUUAUUCGAAAAUAAAAUUGUACGACUGUCACCCCCCCCACCAAAGAGAAUGGGUGUUAGGUUUUUAGUAUUAAAAUUGUAGGUGUUUUAAAAAGUAUAUUAUGUGUAUGUAGGUAUUAAGGUAAUUGUUGUGGGUCGAGUCGACUUGUCUCUCGACGUCUCGCUCUAUGCGUGCGUCGUCGUAACGCGUGCGAGAGAGACAUUUAGAUUGAGUGUUCUAUUUUAAUGAUAAAUUAGGAAGUAGUUUUUGUAUGAAUGUAUGUAUAGAGCCAAGUUAGUGAAAUAGAGUUUGGCCACUUUAGUUUCAUAGGUACUUUGUUUUAGCUAAGCAAGCUUGAUUUUGCAGUCCUAAUUAUGCGAUAAGAAUUUGUUGUUUCGCCUAAAGAUGCCAUCUCAUAGAUACAUUGCUUGGGUGAUCCUACCUUUCAAUCCACCGAAAUCUUUUAAUAAUUCAUCUCUGUUUUGUUAAUGACAAGAUGGGAAUGCGUGUGAAUUGCUUAAUUCUUGAAUCGGCAAUGGCUAGUCAUGGGUCUUGUGCUAAUAUGGGCAACUUAUCUGAAAGAAAAGCAUAGUUUGCCCCGAAAAAACAAUAUCCGAAUUAUUUUUUCGGCGAAGGUGACGGCUAACAAAAAAUAAUAAUUGGUUGUCUGUAAAGUCGCUUAAUGGACGAUAGUGUUACGUGAUAACGUCAGUAACGGAACUAUUCGAACUGCUAGCUCUGACGUCACGCGAGAAGAGAGAUAAAUGUGUCACAAGCCAACGCUUGGGCCGAUCGUGCCUCUCUGUCGCUUGUUUCGCGCUCUCGCUCGCACGCUCAAGCUCGGGCGGAACGUGACACGUUUUCGUGCGUGCCACCGGUGUUUAUCGAUUUAUAAGACGUUAUCAUGUCAAAAAAAAACGGAAGUACUGUGCGUUAAAAGUGAUCAAUUGCAAUAUUAGUUUACCAUAAACAAGGAAUUCACGAAUUAUUCGCGUUCAAAAAGAUGUCCGGCAUUCUCAAAGAUCUUCGCUCGGUAAAACGAAGCAUAACGAACAGCGGCUCUCAAACUUUAUUCUGACUCAACGUCGCACUAACGUACGGUGCAAAUAUGCGACGCCGUCACAUUCAAAGUAUCUCGUGAUUGAAGCAAUUACAUUCAUAUUAUCUAUCAUAAAUCAAUUGAAUGCAGCUGUAAAGUUAACGUCUAGUAAAGAGUUGUAUGUUUAUAAUGUGUAGCUUUGGCGAGCUUAGAUACAAAUAUCGUAUUUGUAAAGAGCUUGCGAGACUACAAUGUGUCGCUAUACGCGAAGGUUGAGAGCCGCUGGCUUAGAACGUCAAAGUGUUUCGCUCUAAAAAUAACGAAGGUGCAUUGCUGUUUGUUCCUAGAACACGAUAAUCUUGAGGUUAAAGCGUUAUUAAUACAGUACCAUGCUCGAAUAGAAGCGAUGGAUAAGAUAGUUGCGUUUACAAUAAUUAAUUAAGCUUUUUCGCGAGCCAUUUUCUUUCACUGUCAAUCGAAACUAAGUUACAAGGGAGCUUAUCGGGAAGUAGCAAAAUCGCAUACAACAAAAAACGAGCUUAUAAAAAUAGCGCUGUUAAAAGCCCUGUCGUUUAAGGUCAACGAACUCGACUCGCGAUUUUUGUGUGCAUUUCAUUGCGUAAUAUAAUUUUAUAUAGCUAAAACUGUUUCUUUGAUUUUAGAAAUACCCUUACAUAUUAAGAGAAUGUGGCAUCGCUGGAUCGAUCUAUAAAAUAGGAUAUUUAGGGUUUUUGAUAUGUUUAACAUCACGCUUUCUUAGUAGAAAUUAGUUUUAAUGAAGAUGUUUGUUUGAAAAAUAAACACUAUAUUAUAUAUAUACACAUUUAUAUAAGUAGUGAGUUUGCAUAGUAACACAAAGACAACGCUGGAGACAUUUAUUUCGGCGUUAACAGUGCAGUUUGUACGUUUGAAGACUAAUACGCAAGUGUUUAUAAGUAAAGAACUUGAUGAGUCUUAUUACGCGAUUUUCUUGGUUUAAUGCAGGGGCUCCCGAACGCAUUUUGUCUACUGCCCACUUUGAGAAUAAAUUAUUAUUUAACGCCCUCAUUUUUUCAUCUACUUAAAAGCCACUAUAGCGAGAGCUCACUCGGUGUUUAAGAGUCCUCCUAGACCUCCCAAAAUUACCUCCCAAGCACACAACACACAACGCCCCCUUUUUUCUGGGUUUCUUACCGCCUCCCUUAGGCCUGCAGCGCUCUCAAGAGGGCGUUAUCACCCACUUUGGGAAAGGCUGGUUUAAUCCAAUGAGACUCCUAUUUCGUAGUUCUUUAUCGAUAAUCGUUUAGAAGCUUUGGAUUGUAAAAAUAAAAAAAUUAAAAAAGACAUGUCUUUAUAGUAAAAAUGGCUGAUACCGAGUGUGCGUCGCUUCACCUAAAAACCAUAUUAAUUGUUAGUUCCGAUGUUGAGACGAGCGUAUACACAAAAUUUCAAAUCAAUUCGGCUCAAAGGUUCAAAAGAUAAAAAAACCCUGCCCUCAGCGCCACCUAUCCGGCGCUAAGCGAACUGUAUGUGACUGAAUCAUAUUUUUAUAAUCCAAAGUUAGUUUAUACAGCAACGAAGAGCCGAUUUUAUUAAAGUUAAUUUAUAAAAUAUGUCAUAUUAUGGUGAUAUGAUUGUAAAAUGUAAGAAUUUAUUAUUUAAGAUUUGUCAAACAAUUAUAUUUACCGUGUAUUGAAUUAAAUGAUUAAAAAUGUA